CUCCCAGCAGCUCAAUCAGCUGCAUAAAGUAAAGCGAUCUGGUCUCAACACAGCACACAAACGUCUGACAGGAAGUCUGCUGCUGAAGAGCACUCUAUCCCUGCAGGCUCUCCCCACAUUAAACUCCAAGCUAAUGAAAACAAUCUGGUGAGGAGGAGAAAGAAAGAGAGAGAGAGAGAGAGAGGAGACCCCACAAGCCUAGCUCCUAACCCAUGGCUUGAGGGAAUUGCUUGCAAGAUAAUUGGCAAGAGAAAACUUUUCCAAAAGCAAAGAACAGUAAGGUCUGACAAGAAGUUGAAAAACACUUUCCAACUUUUUAUUUCCAAGACCUCUAGUGCACAUAGAAGCAGCUGACUGAGAAGCCGCUUACUUUCGUUCAAACAAAAGGUCAACAGGAUUUUUGAGUUAACUGAGGAAGACAACAAUGGCCAUUCCAUUGGCAUUAUGGUUACUCGCCUUCACAACUAUAUGUCCAAGUACGACAUAUCCCAGCAGUCACUCUCCUCUAUCCAUAACACCAGCUUCAGCAGAAUCGUCUGGUUCUUCGGAAUCUGACAUAUCUUCUACUGAAAUCACGUUUUCGACUAUAAAGGUAUCAACAUCUGCCAUCAAUGCUGACCCUGUUUCGGCAAAUGAGACUACUAGUGCCAAUUCAAAAUCUGUUACCAUGAGUGAUAUUAUGGAUUUCAUUAAAAAAUACAUGAACUUAUUCAUUAUUGGUGGGGUUCUUCUGAUCUUACUAGUUGUCGUAGUGUGCGCUAUAGUGCUGGUGAGGCUAAACUACAAGGCUUCAGCCUAUUACCCAUCUUCCUAUCCGAAGAAAAAGUAUGUGAAUGAGCAAGAUAGAGGGGGUUCGACCAAGACAUUUGAUGAGAUUCCUGAGAAGGUCAAUGAUGAGCCUGGGGAAGAUUCUAAGCAACUGGAAACAGACAUUCUCGCCGUGACUCACAAUCUCAAAAAGAAGGCACCAGCCAAAGGAGAGGCUGAUACUGCUAAGGGAGAGGCUUCCCAGACCCCAGAGAAGGCAGGAACAAAUACAACAUCACAAGAAGCAGGAGGAGAAGGCAAAACAUUGAACACAAUAGAAAACAAGGAAGACAAAGCACCAGGUAAAGACAGCAAAGACGAUGGAAAUGAAGAACUGUCCAAGGAAAAAGAACAAAAGGGAGAAAACAAGGAAAAUGAUGAUGAGCAGGGAACGGGGAAGGGGACAGAGCAUAAACUGGAAAGUGAAGAAGGCCCAAGUACUGACUCCAAUCAACUGUCUGCCGGUGGAAUCGGCAGUAAAUCCCCCAAGAUCACUUCGGGGCAGACAGCAGACACAGCCGACAUGAAAGGUAUCGGUAACGACAGCCCAGAGAGCCAGGAGCCACAGUUAGCACAGCAGGAGUUGAAUGAAGCUGAGCCCAGAACAGACAACAUCAGCGAUCUAGAGAACACACCAUUGAUCUUGAAUUGCAAUGGUGCACCAAAUGAUAGCAGAGCUUUUUAAAGGAGCAAAAACAAGGGAUGAAUCAGCAUUAGAUUGAUAUGGGAGGUGUACAGAGGACAACUUGGUUGUUCGCUAUCUGGAGUGUUAGCUCUGCUUACAAAAAAAACCGCAUAUUUUCGACCAGUUGCUUUUGAAAGCCAAUUUUACAAAAAAAAUCAGCAUAAAAAACUUGCAGGAGGAUGAUAAUCAUGAUAAAAGCCAUAACCGUGUUGAACACUUAUAAAAAAGUGUUUUUAAAGAAGAAUCCAGUUUUACCCUUUCCUUCUUGCUGUAGCAUAGAAAUAUUAACUUAGGUUCAUGACGAUAUUUUAAUUCCCAUGGCACUGGGGAAUUAAUCAGCCUGUAAAUGGGAAAACCACAAGGAAAUUCCACUAUUCUGGAAUGCUUGAAUUUGCUGUUUGGGCAGUUUAACCACUUUGAGGAUUGCAAAUGUCGUCACUGGGCAACUAUUCUAAUUGUGAGCAUCAUAUCCAAACAGGCAACCCCAAUUCAGAACCCCAGCCAGUUGACUUGCUAUCUUAGAUUUCACAUGUUCAGUCAUGUUGCUGAAUCAUUAUCUCUUCACGUGACUAUGUUUCAGCCAUCCGAGUGAGUAUUUGCAAUUUAUGCAGAACAAUGGAGACAGAUUUCGAGCUAUGUUCAUGGGCCUAUCUGAAGCAGAAGACAACACAACUUAGACACCUGUCACCUGCCAGCCAGCCCACUACACCCUGGAAAGCAAGAAGUAAACAGUUUCACUGUUUCCUGUAAAUUGUUAACAUAUCAAUUGAAAGGAAUUUGAGUACGCUCAAAUGUAGCCUGAUUAAAAGUAAUGACGGAGCCUUAAUUGCAACCAUUUAGAAAAUAAAACCUAACUUCUGGAUGUUUUAGCUCUCAUAUGUCCCAGUCAGUGGAGGACUCUCGUGGUGCAGUGAUAUUGUCCCCAUCUCUGAGUGAGAAGGCCCAGGUUCAACUGUGUCCCAUAAUAUCUCUGAACAGGUUGAUUAGAAAAUAUCUAUCCCGGCUUGUGAAUCCAAUUGGCAGUGAUGAGAAAUAGUAAUCUGAAAAGAAAGGUGGAAAUUUGAAUGUGUCUCUUAUCCCAAGAUUGUUGUUCAUUUAAGGAUUGAACUAAAGAAUUACAACAUAUGUUGUUAAAGAAUUGUUAUUGUCAGAGAUUGUUCAGGCAGGAUCUGAACAAAUUAAACACCUAGCAGUAUUGAUAGGGGUCAUGCUCCUUGAAAGAAAUUUGAGGUUUAUCAGAACAAACUGCAAUUUCUUAUCUUGAAUUAUCCUUCCAUUUUAGUGGGGAGUUCUUGCUUGCUUUUAGAUUUAGUAAAACUAUGCACAGAGUCUGACACAUGCUUUAAAGUCUUCUAAAAUCCAAAUGCUUGGAUUUCUUAAAUGCAAUAUGGAUAUUGGGUGUUUCCAGGAAGAAGGCAGAACAUUUCCAGCCACAGAGAGAAUUUAGCACUGGUGCAAUUUAACAGGCAAAAUUGGCCAGAUCUAACCUUGAAACCAGCUUUUAACACAUUGGCCAUGGGUAUGUGCUCUGAACCUACUCAGAAGUACUCAAUCAUGGCAAUCUGGCCAUUACAACAAUUCCAUUAUUUCACGUUUUGGAAAUCCAUUUUUAAUUUCGUUCUUUACAGAUUGUUUCUUCAGAUGAGCAGUUUAUCUUUGUUCCAUGGGCCUCUGAUUUCGACACUCGGGGGUCAGGAGUGCGGUUGGCCAUCUCUAAAGUGGACAAAGAGCACACUUCCAUGGAGAUGGCUCUCUUGAAUGCCGGCUGCAUUAUUUCCUGUCUCCUUUCCCUGCCUGUCGAUGCUGUACACCUUGUUUUGUAUGACCUCAAUGUAGCAUGGAUUAGGGAAUGGAAUGAAAAAGGUUGAGUGGGAUGGAGGACAUUCAAACUUGUAAGAUCACAGUUAUGACUGGCAUACAAGCAGAAAAUGUGGGAAUGCACAGCAGAUCCAUGGCCGUGAGGUUUAGCUGAUCAUCCAUGCUCUGGGUCCUAACUCUUUCAGACUCUGAUAGGCGUGUGUUUUAAGCAAAAUUACAGCUCCAGCUCUUCUUGAGGAGGUUAUUAUAAAAGGUUAAGAAUUAUUGAUGCUUGCUUCAUCUAUAUCCUAAAAAUGUGAUCAUGUUAAUCAGGCAUAGAUUCUGUUGGAAAAUGAUUGAUCAUUACCCCCAUCCCGCCUUCCCAGUAACUUUGGAGUUCCCAUCGUCUAGCGUACUCAUGCUCUAAAAGUGACCUGUUAUUGGUGUCACUGGCUGCUGGAACUAAGGGGAUGGAGCCUACUGGAACUGACCUUCGGAAUGACCUUCCGCUCCAGGGAAGAUCAUUCUGAGUAACCUCCACAGAGCCUCACUGCAUGUAGCAUAUGGCAGUCAAUUUCCAGCUCACAAUCUGUGGCACUCACUGCAUGCCUUACUAGGUCACCUAUGUUUAUGUCACAAUGCCUUGCUGUCAUGUAAUGAAAAUCUCAUAAAACACAACGCUGGAAAAUGUUAAAGAUUCUGUUUAAUGCUUUUCUGUUAAGUUCGAGUGUAUUUGAACUUACUGCUGCCAAAAUGCAAUAAUAAAACAUUUUUAAUAAAACAA